GAAUAAAAAGUGCAUUAUAAAAUUCAACAAGAUAACCUAAAAGUGAAAGUCUAUUCUAUUCUAUUUUUGUAUAUGGCAAUCCGAUAUUAGUCAUAUCAGUAAGCAGUGCCACCAACUACUACACCAACAGGCUAUAGUGGUACGGCCACGUAAAGAGAAGACCACCUGAUUACGUAGGAAAUUUGGCUCUGCAACUUUCCAUCCCCGGUCGAAGAUCGAGAGGGCGCCCCAAGACCAGAUGGCGGGACGUAGUGUCGAAAGACUUGAAAGAGUGCCAGGUGUCCGAGAGCGACGUCACGGAUAGAGCGAAGUGGAAAAGAAAAAUAAGGAACGCUGACCCCACCACCAUGUGGGAUGCAUAGUAGGAAAGAGAGAGUAAGCAGUGCCACCAACAUAACCAACAAAUCUGUCAGUAGCAACAACGUCUCUUUAACACUGACACUGACGCAGUGGGUGUGGCAAGCCACAAUAAUCCGAAAUACUACUUCUACCAGUGCUGUCAGUAAACAAAUCGAAAAAUGGAUAAAAGUAUGGAAUUAUUAUUGGCAAAACUGGAUGACAAAUUGAACCAGCAAACCAAAAUCAUAACAGUGUCAGUGACGCAAAAUGUUAUGGAAGCACUAGAUGAGCGAUUAUAAAUAAUAACGGAAGAAAAUACAAUGCUUAAAGAAAAAAUAUCAAUAUUAGAGCAGAAACUUAAGGUGAUUGAAAGGGAAAAAAGAAAAUUCAACUGAGUCUUUUUUGGCAUUACAGAAAUCGAAAAAUCUGAAGCGGUACUUGUAGACCAUGUCAAAGAUACAAUUCAAGAAUCAGGCACCCAUCUAAAUAGCCAGGAAAUUAGUAAUAUAUAUCGAAUUGGUAAGGAUAAAAAUGUCAAGAACCCUUAUGCCUUUUCCAUCAUAUAAUUUCAAUUUUCCCUUCCAUCUUAUCGUACUUUCCAUCACAUCACUAUGGAAAAAACACUUGAUUUUGAAAAACUAAUCAAAGACUACUAUACUAAAUAACGUUUACAAGAAAAGACAUGCCAGGAAGUGGACCUGGAUGUCGCCCGAUGGGACCUACCGUAAUGAAAUAGACUUCAUAACCAGUAAUCGACCCGAUUCCUUUAAAGAUAAUAGCGUAAUAAAUAACUUUAACUUCAAUAGUAACCAUCGCAUGGUCAGAGCUAUAUUAUCUGACAAACAGCAAAAGAAACAAAGGAAACACUUCCAUCAUGGGAAAAAUGUGGUGGACAGCCGAUAUAACGCCUCAGAACAUCACGACACCCGAAGAAAAACAUAAAACACAAGAAACUUACAACAGAGAAAUAAACAAUAUGUACUACAGAAAAACAACCAAGACAAAGAUAAACAAAUGUACACUAAGCCCUAAAACAAAGGAUCUCAUUCAAAAAAGAAAAGAACUACUCAUGAAUAGAAAAAGUAAAGCAACAUUAACGGAAAUUACUAAACUAAGCAAAGAAAUAGGCCGCAAUUUAAAACAAGACAAGUUGAAUAAAAGAAUCAAAAUCAUUCAAAAUCACAUUACUAAAACUGGGGGUAUUAAUAAAGCACUCAAAGAAAUAAGAGAAGUGACGUCAUGGGUCCAAAAAUUAAAAAAACAAAAACAACCAGGAAGAAACAAGAAGACAGCCAAUUUUAAAGAUAGCAACAGACGAUUACCGAAAACUAUACUCCACCGGAAACACCUUAAAAUUCAACGUAAACCUCUUUGAUUAAACGGAAGAUAUCCCUCCGAUUCUUGAAAGAGAAGUCCAACAUGCGAUUGAGACUCAGAAAAAUGGACCUGAUCAUAUAACUAAUGAGAUGAUGAAAGCAACAUUGUCAGAAACAACAUCAAAACUAACUAUCUUGUUUAAUCUUAUCCUAAAUACGGAAUACAUACCUUCACAAUGGACAUUAAGCUCAAUAAUACUCAUCUACUAGAAAGGAGACAGAUUUGACAUGGGAAAUUAUCGGCCAAUAAGUCUCAUGUCAAACUUAUACAAGGUGUUCUCGAAAAUAAUACUAAAACGCAUCACUACAAAACUCGAUGAACAACAGCCAAGAGAACAAGCUGGAUUUAGAUCGGGGUUUGCAACUAUAGACCUAUAGGUUUGCAACUAGAUAUACAUGUGGUAAAUCAGCUUGUUGAAAAAUGUCAGGAAUAUGAUUAUCCAAUAUACAUGGCGUUUGUGGAUUAUAUGAAAGCAUUCGACUGCCUAGAACAUCAUUUCAUUUGGGAAGCCCUGAAAAACCAAGGAAUAGAAAGCAAAUAUGUAAGGUUAAUAAAAAAGGUAUAUGCAAACAGCAAAGCACAAAUAAAAUUGGAAACAGAAGGAGAAAUUUUCUCCAUACACAGAGGAGUGAGGCAGGGAGACCCACUCUCUCCAAAACUUUUCUCCGCCGUGUUGGAGGAAGUCAUCAGGAAGAUGGAAUGGGAUAACUUAGAGAUUAACAUAAAUGGAACACGUUUGAAUCAUUUGAGAUUCGCGGACGAUAUUAUACUUAUAUCAGAUAAUGCAGAGUGCCUUAACAACAUGCUCCAAGAUUUGUCAAAUGAGAGCAAAAAGGUGGGCCUAAUAAUGAACAAAACAAAAACUAAAAUAAUAACAAAUAUAUCACAAAUAAGUGUCAGGAAGAAAUAGAAUAUGUAAAUUCCUAUAUAUAUCUCGGCCAACUUGUUGCUUUCAACAACCAUAUAGAUGCAGAAAUAGAAAGGCGGAUAGCCAAUGCCUGGAAACGGUUCUGGUCUCUCAAAGAAGUGCUAAAAAGUAAACAAUAUACUACUGCAAUGAAAAGGAAAGUGUACAACACAUGCAUAUUACCCAUCCUCACUUAUGGUUGCCAGACCUGGGCCAACACACAGAAACAAAGCCAAAAACUGACCACGUGCCAAAGAGCCAUGGAGAGGAGUAUGCUGGGCUUCACCAUAAAAGACAGAAAGAGAGCUAUAGAUUUAAGACAAAUCACGAGACUAGAAGAUGUCGUAGUCAAAACUAAAAAAACUUAAGUGGAGAUGCUCAGGCCACAGGAUGAGAGAGAGAGUAGGAAUAAAUGGACGAAAGAUAUUACCGAAUGGAACCCUAGAUUUCAAACAAAAAGGAAACGAGGAAGGCAAGGAAAACGUUGGUCUGAUGACAUAAAAAAGAAUGCAGACAGGGGACGUCGUCGCUCCAGGUCUCGUACCCGUGACCAGAAGGACCGAGGAGGCAGGAACCGCAAUGAGCACCGAGAGAGACAGUCCAAGUGGGACAACAAUGAUAGACUCACUCAGCAGCAAAACCUGCAGGCACAUAAUAAUAUGAUUAUGCAAGGAAAUCAAAUGAUGCAGUACAACAACAUGAUGCAGAACAUGCAAAACAUGCAAAAUCCCAUGAUGAACCAACCAAUGGACAUGCCAGGAAUGGCCCCCAUGAACUACCAGGCCAACAUGAUACAACAAAUGAUCAUGAUGAGCCCAACUGUGCAGAUGACCACCCAGUCUCUUUACUUCUCCAACGGAGUCGUACUCCCCAUGCUCCCUGGUACCACAGUCCCACCACGAAGGGACCCACUUCCCGGGUGCCGUACCAUCUUCAUUGGAGGCCUACCCCCUGGUAUAGCCAAAGAGACCGUUCGUGAAAUAUUUGAAAAGUUCGGUCCGGUCGACGAUGUGAAGUUGCAUAAGCAAGGAGUUUGUCAUGUGCGGUUCCAGAAGCCAGAAAGUGUGGAACACGCUUUCUUCAUAUCUGGAUGCCGUAUCAAGUUUUAUAAUCAGCAGGACAGCGAGGCUGCCACUAUUUUCAUUGAUUAUGCUUUGAACCGUGAGGAUCAGAAUGAACACGAAAAGAACAAACGCAAGAGGUCUCCCACUCCACCGCGUGUGGAACAGUUCAGUGCAAACACUCUUGUGGCUAUAGGGGAGAAGAUCAAAAGUGACAAUGAGUUCGCUGAGGCUGCACCAACCCUAGCAGCAUGGCUUGAACGUGGAGAAUGCAACAAGAAAAACGCGAACACCUUCUACACAUUAAUCCAAGCAGCCAACAACCAGCUCCGAAGACUCUUCAACGAGAAAAUGCAAAUAGAUGACGAGUACCAGACCCUGAAGAACAGUAUGAAGGACAAGUUCGGACAUAUUGUUACGCAGUUCGAGCAGGUAGCGAAAAUUCUGACGGCAGCUAAGAUUCAGCGGGUUUCCGACCAUUUCUCCAAACAGCAGCGCCGGAACAUUGAGAUGUGGCUCAAAAUGACUGAGGAAUUGGACAACAUCCGAGAGGAAUAUAAUUCUCUAUUUGAUGAAGAUGAAAAUGAAAAAGUGGGAUCGAAGAAUACGGUCCCCUUGGAAAAAUAUGAGCAGCUGAGAGUGGAAAAUGAAAACCUAUCCUAUGAGUUGGAAGGUUAUAAGAAUGAAGCUCAUUUGGCCAAGGACGAAGCUGAGAGAAAAUUCGAGAAGUUCAAGGCUCACUUCAUCGCUCAACAAGCUUUGCAGCAAAAUAAGCAGGUAUACCCACCACUACCGCCGCCGCCGAUGCCAAACCUGACCCUGGACACGCCCGUGAAGCCACAGCCCCCACCCCCACUACCUGACGACCAGAUCACAUCUUCAGAAGCAGUCAUUACUUCUUCCGAAGCCAAGCUCAUCAGUUUACUGUCAGCGUUCCUCAUGGUUCAUCCGCGAGGGGCGACAUUAGACUACCUAGCGUCAUACGUGAAAUCUUUAACCCCAGGGGUCACUCAGUCGACUGUUCUAGAAGUUCUGAAGAAGUAUAAUGAUGUCUUUCAACGUAAGACUACUGGAGUCGGCGCCUGUAUUGAACAUAAGUGGUGUUUUACCAUUUUUGAUAAUAUGAAAAUAGAUUAAUUGUGUGUAAUGAAUAAUGUCAAGGGUUUAGUGUGUAAUAAAUGAUUUUGGUGGACUAUGUA